AUGACUUCUCCGAUAACUCAGAAAGACAUUGUUACUGCAUGUAAGAUAGAAACAACUAAAACUAUAAUUGAGGAACUAAAUGGUGAUUACUUUGCCUUGCUAGUUGAUGAAUCUUUUGAUAUGUCCUGUAAGGAGCAAAUGGCUAUUGUCUUACGUUAUAUUGAUAUAAUGAGAUUUGUGAUGGAGCGACUUAUUGAUGUUGUUCAUGUUCAAAAUACUAGUACUUCAUCUUUGAAGAGUGCAAUUAUUAAUUUACUUGCUCAACACUCCUUAAGUCUAUCAUAUGUGCGUGAACAAUAUUACGAUAGGGAAAGCAAUAUACAAGGUGAGAUUAAUGGUCUUAAAAUAUUGAUUAAGCGAGAAAGUAGAUCGGCUCAUUCCAUUCAUUGUUUUGCUCAUCAACUCCAACUUACCCUUGUUGCGAUUUCUAAGAAAUGUCUUCAAGUGGGGGAACUUGUAGUAUUGGUUUCAAAUAUUUUGAAUAUAUUGGGAUCUUCUUUUAAGCGUAUGGAUGAAUUUCGAGAAUCUCAAAAAGAAAGAAUUCAAGAGGCAUUAGAUAUGGGUGAGCUUACAACCGGUAGGGGCUUGAAUCAAGAACUUGGUCUUUCAAGAGCAUGUGAUACUCGUUGGAGAUAUCACUUUAAAUCUUUUAAUAUUUUUAUUAUGAUGUUUGGCUCUAUUCUUGAUGUUCUUGAAUCGCUUGUUCUUGAUACACAUUCUACAGAAGAAAGAGCCAAGGCAAUGUGA